GUACAUCGCGUACAUACUGAUUAUCGUUCCAGCUCUAACAUUUUUUUUCCAAACUAACAACACGACGUGUCAUUUGCCGGACUGGGAGGAAUAAAACGAUAUUAGAAUGCAUACGGUGUUAACCCGAGGAAACGCCACGGUGGCAUACACGCUGAGCGUUCUGGCCUGCCUUACAUUCAGUUGCUUUUUGUCCACCGUCUUUCUGGACUACCGGACCGAGGCAAACAUCAACACGGUCAGAGUACUGGUGAAGAAUGUCCCGGAUUACGGAGCGGCCCGGGAGAAGCACGAUUUGGGCUUCGUGACCUUCGACCUGCAGACGAAUCUCACCGGCAUCUUUAACUGGAACGUAAAACAGCUGUUCCUAUAUCUCACCGCCGAGUACAAGACACCUGCCAAUCAACUCAACCAGGUGGUACUGUGGGACAAGAUCAUCCUGCGCGGCGAGAAUGCGGUGCUGGACUUCAAGAACAUGAACACCAAAUACUACUUCUGGGACGACGGCAAUGGCCUGAAGGACAACCGCAACGUGUCCCUAUACCUCUCUUGGAACAUCAUCCCGAACGCUGGACUCCUGCCCUCCGUACAGGCCACUGGGAAGCACCUGUUCAAGUUCCCUGCCGACUACGCCACCUCGUCCAUUUAGAGUUUAGGGCUAAUGCUAAUUAAAGCUGGUUCCGCCCAGGUUCCGUAGCCUGUAGUGUCUAUCUUAUAAAACCCCAAAUAAAAUAUCUUCGUUAAGAUUUCGAAAUGUAUCCCAGACGAAGGAACUUUAUAGAAAA